GCCAGGGAUUCUGGGAUCCUAGUAAUCAAAUCAUCAUCAGCCAAUAGAAUUUUAUAAAAUAUCCCCAGAGAAAAAUAUUUUCACGCUUGUACUCCGUGCUGUUGCAUGAUAUUCAGUGUCUCCAAGUGUCUGCAAUUAAAACCAUGGCGGUAAGAAUACUUUUUAAGAAGCAAUCACUGAGCAGACUGAUGAAUCCUACAAGAUCUGCGAGAACCUCCACCACGGCUCUAGGUAAUUUUGAUGAUAUUGAAGCAGAUAAAAAUUGGCGGUCAGAACUUUUGGCGACUAUGAGAAUAUUUAAAAAUUUUAUUAGUCCAGAAGAGGAGGAUUCGUUGUUCCAAGAAGUCGAGCCGUAUAUGAAACGUCUGCGAUAUGAAUAUUCCCACUGGGAUGAUGCAAUUCACGGCUACCGGGAGACUGAGCGCGCGAAAUGGAGUAAAGAAAAUACUAAAAUAAUUGACCGGGUCAGAGCGAUGGCUUUUCCGCCAGGAAUGCCCGAGCUGGGACUGGUCCAUGUCCUGGACCUCGCUGCCGAGGGCAAAAUAAAACCUCACGUCGAUAGCGUCCGGUUUUGUGGAGAUGUGAUUGCUGGCAUCAGUUUGCUGAGUGACUGUGUCAUGAGACUCACCCAGGUGGGAAAUGAAAAAGAAUGUCGUCAUGAUUUUUUUCUACCCCGCAGAUCACUCUACAUAAUGAGCGGCGCGGCCAGACAUAAAUACAAUCACGAAGUCCUGGGCCCAGAGGAAUCGAUAUUUAACAAUGAAAAAGUCAUUAAGACUAGAAGAAUAUCAAUAAUAUGUCGCUGUGCUCCAGAGUCACGUGACAAUAAAUAAAAUAUUAAAUAAUUGUUUGAAUUUUAUUGCGAAUAUUUAAUCUAUCAGAGAUCAGGUAAAUAAAUAGCUUUGUAAAUACAUAGUAAAUUCAAAAUAUAAAAGCAGUGAGGAUUAUAAAUAUAUAUAUAAAAUAUUUUAUACUUUACACACCAAUUUAUUCACAUUAAUAAAUGAAAAAAACAAAAAAAAAAUAUACAAUUUAGUAUCUUUACUUAAUUUAAUGUAUUGUACUUAUUGUAAAUUAUUCAUAGUUUUUUUUUAAGAGGCUAAUCAAAAAAAUAGUAGAAAAAUUACUGAUAAUGAAAAUUUGUCUGAAAGUUUUUAAUCGUUACAAUUAAACUUAAAUUUUUCCUUAAUUAGUUCUAGUUAACUCGGCGUAUAAUUAUUCAAAGAAAAUAAAUGCUUUCUUAAGGGAAUUCUCAGACAGUACCCCUCACUUUUUAAAAAUUUUUAAUGACGGCUGUCGUAAGUGUAUCAAAAUUUGGUCAAUUAAUUAAAGAAAAAAUUUCGCCGAACUAUAGAUUGGAAAAAAAUUACGUACAGUUGACAUCAAUCGGGAAAUUUGGAAAAUAAAUUUCAGUAAAAUCUUCACGUCAAUUUUAUAAUUAGAAUUUUCAAAUUUUUUAAACUAAAAUUUAUUAACUAAAUUUCGUUUGACUUCUAAUUGAUAACACAACUGUAAGUAAUUAUUUUUUAAUCUACAUUUCGGCGAAAUCAUAACUCGGCUGUCUUUUUUUCAAUUAAUGCCUUAAUUUCUUUUUAAUUAAUUGAUAUACAGAUGAGUCAUUGAGUAUUUUUAAAAAGUGGGGGAUAUUGUUUGAGAAUGCCCUUAAUAAUAAUAAUAAAAAAAAAAAAAAAAAACAUAA